GGUCAUUAUGAUGACAGUUAAAAUUUGAAUUUUGAGGAAAAUCUGUUUUAUAUGUAAACAUAACAAAUAAAAUAAUGGGUAUCAAAUAUUUAUGGAACAUAUUGACCCCUUUCUGCGAGAAGAAACCAUUAUACGAAUUGCAGGGUAAAACUGUUGCAGUAGAUUUAUCAUGUUGGAUAUGCGAAGCGCAAAAUAUUGCGGAAUACCAAGUUCAACCGAAAAUGUACCUCAGGAACUUGUACUUUAGAACCUCUUUUUUGCUUCUAAUGGAAGUUUAUCCAAUAUUUGUAUUAGAGGGCAAGGCUCCAGAGCUCAAAUAUGACACUAUAAGUGCUAGGAAUGCCAUACAGUUCAAGGGAGCUAAACCCAAAACUGACGGGGUGACAACUGGUAAGGGUAGAACAAGGUUUCAUUAUGUGUUGAAACAAUGCGCUGAAAUGCUUGGCUACAUGGGUUUGGUAUGCCUCACUGGUAAAGGAGAAGCAGAAUCUUUUUGUGCUUAUUUAAAUCAAGAAGGGUUUGUUGAUGGUUGCAUCAGUCAGGAUUCCGAUUGCUUUGCCUAUGGUGCCAAAACAGUCUAUAGAAAUUUUUCAAUUUCGUCUCAAGGCUCGCAUUCAGCAAGUGGUGGAUCAAUCGAUGUUUAUAAUAUUGAUAAAGUAAGAACAAGUUUAGGUUUAGGACGUAAUAAAAUCAUAGCCUUGGCUCUUUUGUGUGGCAGCGAUUACUCUAAUGGAGUUGAUGGAAUCGGGAAGGAUUCAUCACUGAAACUGUUUGAAAAGUAUUCAGAUGAAGAAAUUUUAGAUAGGAUGAGGAGCUGGAGAAAAAAUGGACAAAUUUUUAACGAGUUUGAGAAUAAGUUAGCUGAUAAAAACAUUUGUACAUCUUGUGGCCACUACGGGAAACUUCAGUCACAUAAUAAAACAGGAUGUAAAAACUGCGGUACUUCAAGUGGUUGUGAUUUCAGCAAAUAUAAAGAGGAAAGAUUAUAUAUAAAGAAUGAAGUGAACAUUCGUAAUAAAGCUCUACAAGACUCAAACUUUCCAAAUGAAGACUUGAUUGGAGAGUAUCUAAUCACGAAAGAUAAGGUUUCUAAAGUCGAUUUGAAUUGGGAACAACCAAAUUUGGUCAGCUUUGUAAAAUUUACCACUAAACAACUGGCAUGGGAAGAAGUUUAUGCUUUCGAGAAGUUUCUACCCAUUUUAACAAGAUGGCAACUUAUAAAUUAUAAAAACUUGGACCAAGUGAAGGGGCUUAAGGGUGUUUUAUAUCCAGAGUACAUAAAAAAAAAGAGGACACCUAAAGGGAUUCCGAGCUAUGAAAUCAAAUGGCUGGACAAGGAAAAUUUCUUCAAGGGUCUGAUACCCGAAUGCCAGCUACUGGAAAUCAGUGAUCUCGAAAAGUUUUGGUCCACCAUCGAACCUCAGCAUCUUGUAGAGAAAGCUUAUCCUAAACUUAUCGAAGCUUUUCUUCAAUCCAAAGUCAAACCAAAAAAAACCACGAAAAAGAAGAAAAAAGAUGUGGAUGUUGAUGAACUUAAUAACAGUUUGCAAAACAUUUCACUGAAUGAACCUCCCACUAAGAAAAAGAGGAAAGACAAACCUAAAGCAAAGGUUAAGACGUUGGACAACUUCUUGAAAAAAGCUAUCGUUAAUAACUUCAAUAUAAAUCAAAACGUGGGGCACACUUCUACACCUGUUAAGACGGUGGAAAAGAAUAACUUGACAUUAGAUGUUUCGAAUUUUGAAGAUGAUAAUGAAUCUGAUUUAUCAGACAUUGUUGACAAUAUAAUAUCCAAGAAAUUACCUGAUAAUAUCAAGAUUGAGUUGAAAAGUUUAGGGUAUGAAAUAAACGACCAUUUGAAUACAGACCAUUGUACCAGUUUCUUUGUGGAUAGUCCAGUGGAGAAUGAUCUAUUUGAAAAAACUUUCGAAGAAAAAUACUACAGUAGCGAAGAGGAAAUGGAAGAAGUAGAAACCCAGAAUGACGUGGAAGUUAAUGAUAGCUUCGAUGUUGAUUAUGUGCCACUUUUUGAAAGACUGAAACAAAAAAAACUGUAAAUCGCAAUAUAUUUCACUAUAAUUUAAAUAAAUAAUUCAAUUAAUAAA